CAAAGGAAACGUGCAGGAACUCGAGCUGCGUUAUGCUUCCUCUCUACUGGUGCUGACCCCCGCCCCAAUUGAUGAGAGCGAACUGACACACGCCCCCUCCGACACGUAGAAGUAGCCAACUGCAUCUUUUCACCUGCACGAGGCGAGUUCAUAUGCGAUCAGCCUUGUGCACGGAGGCACACACCCUGAUCAGUAUUAUUCCUCUACUAUGUGUAGACGCCAUCUAUUAGCCAGAAGAGGUUGUAAUUGCAUCAGUUAUGAGAUCCCUAUCCGGCUCCCUUCCCUGGAUGAACAACAGCCCCACGUUGUUCAUAUAGCCGCACAGCCCAGCCAGAUGGCAGAGCUGAGAUUUGAUACGAUGUAUUCGAAAUCCCAGCUCUGGUGUGCUAGUGUAAGCAGGUGAAUUUUUAACAGGUAAGAGUAGCAUAAUUAGGUAAAAAAGAUGGAUCCACCAAAGGCUCAGUCUUUGCAGGCAAAGAUGGGUCAUGACUCGCCACUUUGUAUAAAAUUUGACAAUUAGGAAAUUGUUAUCAAUCCUGGACCAUUUCUGUAUUAUUAAUGUACCCCAUUUGAGUUUGCUUGAUUAACUGUUUUUGUAGUACAUGUACUUCUUUUCAGACCAUUCUGGACCAUGGGGGUGUACGGCCUCACAAGUUACGUGGAAGGAAAUCGGCAGUUCUUCACUGACCUGAAGCUGAGAAACACCAACCUUGUGAUUGAUGGCUGCAGCCUGUAUUUCCGUCUGUACUUUUCCUCUGGUUUGGACCAGAUAAGGGGUGGAGACUAUGAUGCAUUUGCUUCUCUUGUGCGCAGCUUUUUUGGUGCCCUUGAGUCAUGCAACAUUCAACCGUUUGUAGUUGUUGAUGGAGGAAUGGACCAGACAGACAAGAAGUUUAAGACUUUGCGUGACCGUGCUGAGAGUAAGAUCCGUGAAGCCCAUUCCCUGUCCCGGGGAUCGCGUGGCAAUGUUCUGCCCCUUAUUUCACGCGAAGUCUUUAAACAGGUUGUUCGUGAGCUCGGUGUACCCUUGGUGCAGUGUAUCUCUGAAGCUGAUUUUGAAAUCGCCUCUCUAGCCCAUCAGUGGAAAUGCCCAGUCCUGACCAAUGACAGUGACUUUUACAUCUUUGAUUUGCCUGGUGGUUACCUGCCAAUGGCAUUUUUUGAGUGGGACAAUGUUUGUCGCCAGGACUCAGGGUGUUACAUUCCAGCACGCCGAUUCACUGUUAACCGCUUUUGCUCUCAUUUCAAACACAUGAACAAGCAGCUGCUGCCUCUGUUUGCCGUAAUCACGGGUAAUGACUACACUCCUCCCAAUAUUACAGAGACGUUCUUUAGUCGAGUGGAAUUACAAAGAACACCAAGAGGCAGGGGAAGUCAUUCUAACCCUCGGAUAGACGGCCUGUUGCUUUGGCUGUCAAUGUUUACCAGUCCUGUUGAAGCUCUGGAGGAAGUGCUGGAGAUUCUGGGAGGCAAGCAGAAAGGCAACAUACGAAAGCAGCUCACAGCGGGUGUACAGGACUAUCAGCUACCCCCUACCAGUUGUCUGGCUCAGAUUUUUUUAAGCAGUCAAUCAGGGCCGCUUAAUCUCCCAAAGCUUCCAGCUGCACUGGAAUCCCAACCAGAGUGGCUCCUGAGGCAGUUCACAUUCAGCAGUCUGCCCCCUUUGGUGUUUGAUGUUCUUGUUCUCCAGAAAGCUAUUCUGAUAGCCCAGGUGGAGAAUAGUCAACUGCCCAGCAGCCACGAAGCUUCACUGAGCAUUCGCCAAGUCAUCUAUGGCUUGCUCCUUUCUAAGAAGGCAGUUCAGAGUAAUGUUGGUCAUGGACAAAGAGGUAGAGGAAGAGGAGGAAUGGGCAGAGGUGGGCUAAGUGGACAAUCUCAGAUGUCCAGCUCCCCCUGUUUGGUAGAGGAGUAUGAUAGGCUUAAUCUUAAUCUCAGGAGAACCACAGUAGAGGCUCAGCUGCCCGACUCUCUACCUCAGCUGAACCUGAGCACUUUGGACAAGGUGGCCAUUCCUGUAAGACUCAAAGUGUUGUUAGGAACUCUGGGUGUGAUGGAACAUGUGCUGGAGCCCUUACCUCCACACCUAUGUCUGCCUGUUUGUGUCACGUACUUUUGGGUUCAUUCGUGUAAACCAAAGCCUAGUCACACAACACUUCAGACCCUUCUACUCGGGCUAGUUUAUGGUGAACUCUGCAGACGCUGGGCCAUGCCUGGAGAUCCAUUGUAUUCAUGUGCUUUAACUGCCUCUGUCUGCCAGCGAUUGAACCAACUGAGAAUUAACUCCGGUCAGAGGAGAGGCCUUGAUCUUGGUGUGGCUCAUUCUCUCAGCCAAUGGCAGUCUUGUUUGUGGGCAGGGAUCUAUCUGAAUCAGCUUCUGUGCUUCCCACUUCCUGAGCCUCAAUGUGCCUGGCUGUUCAGUGGUACUUUACUGCAUGGAUUGGAGCCUGUACUGAGGGGAGGUAAACACGCUGAGGCGCUGCUGGCUGAUUCUCCUGUUGCUGUGCAGCUCUACUCCAUCCUCUUUGGGGCCGUAAUGGGCUCUGCUGUCCAACAUCAUGCUGCUCCACACAUUGCAACAGGAUGCAGCAGGCAGAGAGGGCAGGGUAAAAGGCAGCAGGGCGGUAGAGGCAAAGGGAGGGGAAACAGACGUACAAAGGGCGUGUCUGCCGUCAGUGAUUUAAGCAACAGGUUCGGUAUGCUUACCUGUGAGUCCGAUGAGGACUGAUUGGAUGAAAGGGGUGGAAAUUUGCAAUAAUCAGCUGUACUUCUGCCAUCAUGUGGUGUGGUAUUGCUGUAAAAUAAUAACAAUAACAGUAAUAAUAAUAAUAAUAAUUCUGUUUUAAUUGUAUGAGGUUGUAGAAGAAUAAGUCAAAAUCAGUAUGCAAUCAGAAACAAAAGAUUGAGACCUUGUUGAUUUAAAGAGGGACCUUUUUAAAAAAAAGGACCUGAAAGAUAUUCCAGCUUUUACGUAAAGCACUUGGCUGGAUUGACUGCUUACAUAUUAGGUGCCUUUCUGAAAGUCACUUUUUAACAAUACUUUUUAAUAGCAGCUAAAACAAAAUUAUUUACCAAAGAGCCUGAGUUGCAAUAAAUCUUGCAUAGAUACUUUGUCAUUCCAUGAACUAUCUUUGUAUUUGAGCUUUUAUGGGUGUUAAUAGCACUUUAUAAUAUAGCAGCGUAGAACAUUUAACAAAGAAAAUCAUCUGAUACUGAAAUAGAAAAAAGGUAAAAUAUUUUACUUUGCUGUUUGCUUCAUGUAAUGUUUAUUGUCUAAUGUCUUAAUAACUUAAAUGUUGGUACAUUUUGUGCCUUUUUGUUGCCUUGCCAAUUUUAAACACACUUGCUCAGCAGAUUUUCACAUCUUGUUUUGAAACUCCUUUUAAUUAAUUGGAAUAAUAUAUUUUUUAAUGUACAGCAUUAGUAAAAGCUUUUGUGAUGUACAGAAAUGUGUUUUUAUACACGUCAUUGUUUGGAUCAUGAAAUUAAAUUAGGAUAACUCUUUUAACAGCUGUGUUUUAUGUACCUGUACAAACAUUAAAUAAAUUUUUAUCAGAUGUCAUGCAC